AUGUUGACUAGUAAAGUGUGUGGAGAGUUUGGUACUAUAUGGAAGUUUUUUCCUGAUGAAUUGACGAAUUCUGGAGAAUAUAAUUUUAGAGUUGGAUCGCUCAAUAGCUACUGCCCUAAUAGAAAAUGUGAAAAUGAUAUCGAUAAGAUUAAUGCUGGAUGUUUAUGGUUAUUUAAACAAUUUUAUGGAAGUCCAUAUAAUUUUUCGAGUAAUGCAAAUGGAAAUAUGAGUAUUGCUACAUACAUUAUGACAUGGAUAAGUUAUAAGUUAAAUCAAAAACCACAAAAGGAAAUCAGUAGAUUUACCGAUUUUUAUAGUAAACAUAUACAAAAUGCAGAGGAGUAUAAUAAAUUUAUAGGUGACAUUACGGAAUAUACAAGUUAUAAUGAUCUUAUAAAUCAAAAAAAUAAAUUGAUGGAUAUUGAUAUUAGUGAUAUGUCUAAAUUUUAUAGUUUAUUUAAAAUCUUAUGCGAUGUGAUUAGCAAUGCUGAUAAGCAAAACGUUAGAAAAACGUAUUUAGAAUAUGCUGAAGAAUUUGUUACUGAAUAUCAAAAACUCAUUAAUAAUAAUAAUACUGGUACUGAAGACAGUUCAUAUAGUCAACUAUUGUCUACAUUAUCAAAUGAUUAUGUUAAGUUUGGAAAAAACCAAAUUGGUGAUACAUCAAUAAAUCUUCCUUCACUACCAACAGAAAAAACAGUUGAAAAUAUUGACAUAUCAGAAUCUAAAGAAACAAUAAUUGUCUCCUCGAGUGGAACGCCAGAAUCAAGUUCUAAAGCUAAAAUAUCAGAUUCGGAUUCAACAUUACCAAGUCCAUCACAAGUAAAUAAAUUAAUUUUAAUUCCAAUUAUAUUUGUUGCAACAUUAAUUUUAUUAGGAAUUGCAUAUAAGUAUUCGUUAUUUGGAUUUCGGAAACGAUCUCAAAAACAACAUUUAAGAAAAAAGAUAAAAACAUAA